AGAAAUCAGAUGUAGUUUUUUUUUUGGGAAUAGCUCACAGAGUUUGAAUAAAAGUGUAAAACAAAAUUUAAGUAGCAAACGAAUUUCAGUGUUUCCUUUUUUCAGUUUUCUUAUAGUUUUCCUCAAGCCAAUCGAAAGAGAGGUGAAAGAAAUGCCGCACAACUGCGAAAAGAUGCGAAGGGGGCGCAACGCAAGCAAAAAGACCGCACUCACUGUGAUGGAGCAAUAUGAGUUGAAUCAAUGGCUCGAACAGAAUGAGAUCCAUUCGAAUAAUUUGCGACGUUCGUUCACGGAUGUGCUGCCAUUGGCGCGUCUCCUAUCGCGUUACUAUCCCGAUCUGAUCGAUCUCAACUAUUAUCCGCCACGGAACAGUGUGCACAACAAACUCUGCAACUGGGAGUCGUUCAACAAGCGUGUCUUAACCCGUCUCGGUCUCCAUUUGUCGCGCGAUCAAAUGGUGCGUGUGGCACGCAGUGUUCCCGGCUCCGUGGAUUUGCUGCUCUACAGCAUUAUGCGUGUGCAGCUGGCGGCAGAGCGAAAGGCGCGUGAGGCCAAAGAUAGCAGUGCCGAUGAUGAGGACAAUGCGACUGAAGCUGAGGCAGAAGCAGCCGCUCGACAGCAGUUGCAGUUGCAACAGCAGCAGUCAGAUAGCCAGCAAUUGCUGGAGAGGGACAUCGAUGCGCAACGUCCACGCACUUUAAAACAGGCGCAGGCGGUCUUGAGGCGUUCGGAGCGUGCUCAAAGUGCCACAAGUGCGACAAUGCGACGCCAGAGUCAAAGUCAAAGCCAGGCUGAGGAGUUGGUGGCAGCAGAUGCACAGCAAAGAGGUGAACAACAACAUCCACAUCCACAACAACGAACGGUACUUUAUUCCCAUUACAUGCAGGCCGUCAAGCAGCUGCAGCAAAGAAACGAUAAAAUCGAACGAUUCAAUCAGUUGAGCGCCCAUCUGGAGAAUAUGCUGCAAUUGAAGUGCGAACGCAUCGAUGAGCUGCAACAGCAGGUGGCCCGCCUCAAUCCUCAUCCUCAUCCACCAGCUGAUUCAGCACAGCGGACAGCAGAAACUUCUGGCAACAACAACAACAACAACAAGCACAAAAACAACACGCAACAGAAGCGUUGCAUGCGUCUCAAGAAACGCGCCCCAACGAGACGCACAAUUCAAGCAUUGACGGACAAAAUUCGUAUUCCGGGCUUUGGUUUUGCUGCUGCUGCGUUUCCGCUCAAAUUGACACCAAACACUUGAGACAUGCACUCACUUAACACACACACACACACACUUGAAACACACAAACACUUACUUGACACUCACACACUUCACAUUCAUUGAAGCACUCGUUUCUUCUGUCUGUCGAAAGCUCUACACAUAUUCUAUUGAGAUUUGUGCUAAAUUUUGAAUUUGUCAUUCGUAACGCAUUUUUGGCAGCAUUAAUAAAGAUCAAAUCAAUUCCAAA